UGUUCCUUCCAGACGGAGGCAGAGUGAGUGUAAUGGAGUCUGGGGGUGCAGCACAGCUCCUGCAUUUACUCCAGAGGGCUGCCUCUCUGCCCAACACGCCUGAUGAUCACCAGCUCCGUCUAGUGGCUACAGGGUUUCUCCUAAACCUUCUUAAUUCCUAUGACACAGUUCAGAUUCCUCAUUGUCAGGAUCAGUCUAUGGAGGCAGAGCUAGUUGAUGUUUUGUGCCAGUAUCUGGACAAGUUUGCUGAAGAUGAAGACAUUCCUACCCAUGUUUUGUUGUCACUUACCUGUAUGGCAGACACAGAGGUUGGACGGGGACUUGUUGUAUCCCGAGACAUCACACCACAGCUUGUACGAGUACUGAAAAUCAACGAAUCAGCUGAGGUUACAGAAACAUGUCUGGAACUUGUCACUAAUUUGGCUGAGACAGAAUGUGUAAAGACCCAGUUGGCAGUUGGAGGUGUUUGUGAGGCUGUAGUAGAGGUUGUAAGACGCCAUCGGAACAACCCAGCGUCUGACCUUUCUCCUCCAAUAAUCAAGACUGCAACUGACCUCAUUGUCCUCAUUCUUGUUGGAGAUGAGAGCAUGGGCAUAAUCUAUGGUGAUGGUUCGGGUUCAGUUUACCAGGAACUUGUGGGAUGGCUGACCUCUGACCUGGAGGACCUGCAAAUAGCUGGUGCUCUUGCUAUGGGGAACUUUGCCCGUAGUGAUGCCCAUUGUAUCAAGAUGGUAGAGAGUGGAAUAGCAGAUAAAUUACUGAAGGUUUUGUCGAGCCACAACUCCGGUGAAGGGGACAUUCGCCUGCAGCAUGCUAUCCUCUCAGCUCUGAGGAACUUAAGCAUUGCACGGCAGAACAAACCAGUCUUAGUGCAACAGGGUGCUCUUGAAGUCCUGCUCCCUAUGGCUACAGCAAUUCAGACUUUCCCUGUGGUAUUUAAGCUGCUAGCAACACUACGUAUGAUCAUUGAUGGCCAGACUGAAGCUGCUGUAAAGGUUGGCAGCAACAGUGAGGUUGUUGAGAGACUAGUGGUAUGGUGUGGCACCAUGGACCAUCCAGGUGUCCAAGGAGAAUCCAGCCGUCUCCUUGCUUGGACCAUCAAAAAUUGUGGUGAAAAUACAGAUGUGAUCACUGCUUUGAUAAAUGCAGGGUGUGUUCCACCCCUGGUACUCAUGCUUGGUUCUGAACAUGCAGUCAUGGUCAAUGAGGCGGCCUUGGCCCUGGUACUCGUCUUUUCCUCAGUUGUUGAUCCAGAGGUUGUUGAGAAGACAAAAUUGCCACAGGUUGCAACAUAUGUUUUGAACAACCCCAACCUUCCUCCUGAGAUUGUGGCAAAUGUGUUGUCAAUGCUAACAGCCAUUGCUGGAAAAGACUCUGGGAUCGAGUGCCUCAAAAAGGAUGAAUUGAAAACUGCCAUAGAUGCUCUAACUGCUCAUGCCAACGAACAAGUCAAGACUUUAUCUACUGCUCUCAAGGAGAAACUUUAAAGCUUUACAAAACACAUUUUCUUAUUGUUCACUUGCACUCUCAGUAUGUUAUCAGCUAUUCUUUUCAGUCUUACCAAACUUCACCAUGGGCAUUGCAGCUGACUCGUUUGUCAUAGCUUCAUGCAUCAGCUGUGGUCAUAGUCACCAUCACUGUGGUCUUAGCUUAACUCACUGUGUCAUAUUACUGGUUAUUAGAGCCAUUGGUGUGGGCAUCUUAGAUCCAUCAUGUUCUUCAUAUCAGUGGUUUAUCAUUACUUGAUGGUGAUUGUAUACAUUUACUGUUUUAUGAUAGUUAUACAGUUUUGUAAUCAACAGUUAAAGAUCAUAGUGGGAUGAGAGAGCUGUUUGCACAUAUCUCUUAAUAUUUGGACAUUGUCCCUUCAUACUAGUGCAGCAUUAAUGCAGCUCACAUCUUUAAAAUUCUUUAAGCAUACUUUACUGCAUGAAUCCAUACAACUGUCAUCAUAGCCAAGAGGUUUUCAUCAAGAUGGUCUAGAAUUAAGGAUCAGUCUUUUUUUAUUGCUUGGUUUUCUCGAAUGUGUAUUGUAAUGUGUUGAAGUGAAGAAUGUUUGUAAGACAGUGCAAUAGUGUUGCUGUGUUAUGUGAUUUGUACAGUGUUACACUUAACUUUUAUAUGGGGUUGACAGUAAUCACAAGGUGUAGUUAAUAUUCAACCUUGAUAUUAAACACUUCCAAUCGUUCAUAAAAAUAGAAUCUUUAACAGUUUAUAAACAUGUAACUAGCUAUUUAGAUCAAGCCAAACUGGCUACAUAAAUCUCUCUAUGAUAUAUACAACUAUAUGUUACUAGGCCAUUGUUAAAAGUAAUUAGAUAGUUUUUACCUUGA